UAUGACUCCCCCUUUGAGCACUCGAAAUACCCCAAACACCCAAUGUGUGGCACUUCGAUCUCUAAGGAUAUAUGGACUGGUCAAAACAGCCUACCUUAACUUCUUGGGAUGCACUCCAAUCAAUACAUAGAACGUGGAUAAUGUUUGGACAAAUUAAAAAUAUGGCACACGUACAAGUGGCACUCCAAUAAUUAAGAUGUAUUGUUUCAAACAUUACCUUCUACGGACCCAGGCCACAAAGUCAGAGCCUAGCUACACCGCCGACAUGUUAUUAUAGAGAAUCCAAGUUGUGAUGAUUGUUGCAAAGAAGGUGCGGAGACGCCUAUGAUAUGCAACCCAUCGGUAGGGCUAGGGCGGCAGGGACAUCAAAAUACAUAUGGAGUGCUCCGAUCCACUGCUCCUUUGGGAUCGAUCAACCGUUAAGGUAAACUCUGACGAUGCCUUCGAUCUUAAAGAACGGCAAGGUCGCUGCUGGCCGGGGUGGUUUUAAGAGAUGCUCGAUGCAUGGCGUUCGCUCCUGGCAAGAGAGAAUGGGAGGAGGCAGAUUGGACUCCCCGCUGAAGCGAUGGCUCUUUGAUAUGGUGAGCUCUUGGCCAAAAAACUUUCUUUCAAUGACUCUAUAUUUGAUGUACGUAGAUUCCGUGGUCUGGUCCUGAUGAUGGUUCUAGAAGUCAUUGACCAUGUCAAGUUCGGAUUUCGGGUCUCACUUUGCCGUGCCAAAGUUUGAUUGGAAAGAGUAGCUAGCUUCACGCUUUGACAAAGAAGGAUGAAGGAUCUUCUCAUUAUUGGAAAAAUCACCUCAAUUUUCUAGCGGAAGCAAUUAAUAAUUUUCCCUUCUUUGUGUUGUCAAAAUGGGCAAAAUCAUAUGACCGAUCAAGAAUAGCAAACACAACAACAAGCAAUCAAUCAAGCGAUAAACGAACACCAAGAUUUAACGUGGAAACCCCAAAUCCGGGAAAAAACCACGAAACCUUCCACUAAUCACCAAGAAAAUCAGUGGGUACACCAAGAAUCCUCUCUAAAUCAAUUAGAGGUAUACACAAUCAUCAAGCAACAACUUGGAACACCAAACAACAAUAAUCUUCACUCAAAAGUGAGAAAACCCAUACAAAAACGCAGCAGCAAACAGAGGCAGUUUUACCGACAUCGAGAGGUCAAAACAACAAUCCCACCGUUGGAUAUGAAGAAGAGGAUGUCAAGAACAACAUACUAAAAUUUCAUCCCGAUCGGAGCUCGUUUGGUCAUCGAUCGGAGUACAAAGCACCUUUCUUUUUCUCCCUUCUUCCUUCUCUCGCCUCUCUCUAUUUUUCCUCUCUGUUUCCUGCUGUGCGGCUGCCCCUCUUCUGCCCGUGACCAGCCAAAACAAAGAAAGGCGAUUCCCUUUCAAAAAGUGGUAGCCCAAUAAUAGGAACUCCUUCCUCCAUGUAGGAGGGAUACCCCAAGACUUAUGCAUCUGGGUUUGUCAAGAGCCCUGAAACAAGAUGAAGGAAGCAAGCCGGAGUCUAAGAGUGUCGGUGAUUGGGAGGAGUUCGGCAAUAUGGGAGAAGUUGGAAAAGCUGUGUUUCGAAAAAAGCUUGACCAACAAGCUUCUCUUGAACCGGAGGUUAUAUCGCUUGCGGAUGGGGGAUGAUGACACCUUGGUUGGGCACAUGAAUGUGUUCAAUAGAUUGAUAGACGAGUUGAAGUAGAUUGAUGUGAAAAUUGAAGAGGAGGAUCAGGCACUGCUUCUUCUUAACUCUCUACCAGACACUUAUGAGACUUAUAUAUAUGUGGAUACCAUUUUGUGUGGCAAGGACACGAUUACCUUGUUGUCAUUUGAUGCGAGGAGAAAAGAAAAAGCUCGGGUAAGG